UAUUCUCUUCUCGAUAUAAUACCAUUUUGUAACAUAGUAAUGUACAACAAUCCCAAAAUACUAAUUCAUAUCAAACUUUAUCUAUAAUCCAAAGCCCGUGCUUUCUAAGGCUGGUCAAAAACUAGUUUAUUUUAUAGAUGAUGUAUGAGCUAUUAUCAUAUUUUAAAAAAAUUUACCAAAAAGAAAUAUUAAUAUUAAAUGUAAUAUAUGAAUUAUUACGAUAUUCUAACAAGUUUGCCAAAAAUAUAAAUCAACAUUAAAUGAAAUUAUCCAUGUCAUAUUUUUCCGGAAGCCAUGUCAUCAAUUUCAGUAGCCAUGUCAUAUUUGUUUUGUGAAAUUUAUUGUAGAAAUGAUGGCAAAAUCACUUCGCAGAUAUAGUAUAGAGAAUCGAUAAUAUAUUUUAAUAAUUAAAAAAAGCAUAAAAGUUUAAAAAAAAGGAGUGACAUGGUCCAGUAAAUAUUUUCAAAAUAGAAGCAGUCAUAUUAGAUUUAACGCUAGUGAGAUUCGAUUUAACCACAGUUAACCUAAAAUACAGUUAAAAAAAUCUAUAUAUAACGGCCGACGAUCUUCCUUCACUUUACUAUUUAUUUUCAUUGGAACUAUAUGUUCUCUCUCUCUCGAUAACUCCUCCCAGGAAACCUAUAAAAUUCCUUAGAUCCAAACUCAGAGAAUGGCCGGUGGAUUUACCAUCAACAUAAACAUUCCGGCUGGUGAAGGACUUAACAUUAGCAUUAACCCAAACUCUGCUGCAGCUGGUAAUCUAUGUACGAAUCCGUCCUCUCAAAAGUCCCUAGAAUGCUCUCCAGGAAAGGCUAACCCAAAGGUUUUCUUUGAUAUGGCGGUGCGCGGCAAAGCUGUUGGUCGGAUCGUGAUGGAGCUCUUUGCCGACACGACCCCACGGACGGCAGAGAAUUUCCGCGCCCUCUGUACAGGCGAGAAAGGCAUGGGGAAGAAGGGUAAGCCACUCCAUUACAAAGGAUCAAUCAUCCACCAUAUGUGCCCCGAUUAUAUGAUUGGCGGAGGAGAUUUCACUGACGAAAGGAAAGGAUGCGGAGGCGAAUCAAUCUACGCCGGAGGUUUUUUCGAGGAUGAGAACUUCAUCAAAAAGCACACCGGUCCGGGUAUCCUCUCCAUGAACAACGGUGGUCCUGACACCAACCAAUCUCAGUUUUUGAUCUCCUUGACCGAGAACUGGGAACUCGACGAUGUACACGUCGUCUUCGGCCAAGUUGUUGAAGGAUUGGAUGUGGUCAGGAUCAUAUCACACGAACCUCGUAGGGACAAGCUUUCCAGGCCCGUCGUGAUCGACUGCGGUCAGAUUUCAUAGAUCGGACAGAGAUAUUUUCAACUACAAUGGUUGCUUGCUUGUGUCUUUUUGAUGUUUGGCUGUUGGUCGAGUACCGAGUAUUUGUUGCCGUUAGAGACUGGACCGCACUUGAGAUCGGUUUUGUUUGAGUAAAGAUGGGAACAGGAGAUUGAACAGAAGAAAGCGGAAUUGAGAACGUCGGAGACGGUGCCGAGAGGGUUGUAGAGUGGAGGAUGGGGAGAGUCAUGGUGGAUCAGCUGGAGUGUUAGGUUUGGCAAGUAAGCUCGAGACAUAUUGUGCCAGGGCACUUGGAAGAUUCGUCCAUUGCUAACAAGAGUCUACCGAGAAGAGAGUCUGUGAGAAGGCUUGGCUUUGUGAGGACUUUGUUGAUUGAUAAUUACGAUAGUUACACAUUCAAUAUACAUCAGGCACUCAGUACUAUCAAUGGAGUGCCUCCGGUGGUUAUUUGGAACUGUGAGUGGACGUCUUACUGUUACUUCUAUGAAGACACUGCUUCUGAUACUAUUGUCAUAUUGCCUGGACCUGGUUCUCCCAUGUGUCCAGCUGAUAUAAUCACCAGCCUAGUUUUAAUUGAGUUUUUGCUUUAUGUCCCUUUGUUGACCCACAUGUGUUUGUCUCAUCUUGAACAUGGCUCUGGCCCUGUAGGAAUAUGUUUUCGCCUUUUGCUUGAAUUUCUUGAUAUUCCAAUUCUAGGCAUUUGUCUUGGCCAUCAGGUACUUAUUUCUUCUUACUUGAUAAUAUCUCUUAGCUUCUUUGGCGUAGUUCUUGCACAGUCAUGAAAUGAGUAGUUUAUCUCUCUUUCCGUUAUUUCUGUGAACCAACCAAGACAACAACAUGCUUUGACAGGCACUGGGUUAUGUCCAUAGAGGUUAUGUGGUGCAUGCCCUGGAACCAGUCCAUGGAUGGUUAAGGCAGUGAGGUUUUGAUAAUACAUGAAUUUUUUGAUGCUCUUUAUGUACCUUUUCUAGAAAUGAAUUUUUGUCAGCCGAAACAAUUCAAUAUUUUAUUUUAAUAUUUGGUCAGUCUGCUCCAUUUUUUUCUCUGUGCCUUCUAGAUAUGCUACUCACCAUGAUGGAACAUAUUGUUUUUUGGUAUUCCAUCCGGGAGAAACUCUAAUAUCAAGGCAGGUCAUCUACUACUUCUCACACAAACUGAAACACAAAGUUAUUCAGAGGUUUAGUGGAGGUGUGGGGAUGUUUAAUGGCUGAUAACCGAAUUUAGAAGCAAUGCAUUGCUCUCAGAUCACUAAGCACCUAAGGUGAUUUUCCUUCCACAUCUGCCACAUGCAUUCAUGUUCUGAAAAUGAAGAAGUCAGAGACGUUGAACAUGAUAUAAACCCAAAAAGAAGGAAUAUUUGUUAAUAUAUGUAUAUAUAUAUAACUGUUGGUAAUAUAUUUUUCAAAAAAUAAAAAAAUGUAUGUAAUAUAUGUGUGGGUACUGGGUAUCGAGAACAUGGUUUUGAUGGCGCGAGAAGAAAUCAAAAACUCAGAUCAGAUUUGGUUUCUUGACUCCGGGUGCAACAACCACAUGACAGGAGAAAGACAAUGGUUCAGUGAUCUAGAUGAGAGUUACAAGUAUUCACUGAAGUUGGGAGACAACUUAAAGAUGGCAGUAGUGGGGAAAGGAAAUGUUAGGUUGGAGAUUGAAGGCGUUUCACACAUAAUCACGAGUGUGUACUACAUCCCGGAGCUCAAGAACAAUCUUAUCAGUGUGGGUUAGCUAGUGGAAAAGGGGAUCGCAGUGCUCAUUCAAGAUCAAGAGUGUGGGCUAUGCCAUAGAGAGAACGGUCUGAUCUUGAAUUCUGCCAUGACAAUCAAUAGGAUGUUUGUUAUCAAUGCAAGGAUGAUGGCUCAAGAACCUCUCUGCUUCAAGGCAUCGUCAGAAGACACAACUCACCUGUGGCAUUGUCGGUAUGGGCACUUGAGUUGCAGUGGAUUGAAAACACUGAAGCCUGGAAACAUGGUCAGAGGGUUACCACAGUUGACAGCACCUACCAAGCUGUGCAAGGAUUGCAUAACAGGGAAGCAGCAGAGAGAGAUCAUUCCAAAAAGGAGCAAUUAUAGACCUUCACAAAUCCUCCAGCUUGUUCACUCGGACCUUUGUGGGCCAAUAACUCCAGAAUCCAGUAGUGAAAUGAGGUACAUCAUCACUUUCAUAGAUGACUUCUCAAGAAAGUGUUGGGUUGAUUUUCUUUCAGAAAAAUCUCAAGCUCUCGAUGCAUUUAAGAAGUUUAAGGCGCUGGUGGAGAGAGAGACAUGCUCUGAUCAAGUGCUUGAGAUCAGACAGAGGGGGAGAAUACAACUCAAGUGAGUUCAAGGAGUUGUGUGAUGGCUAUGGAAUUCAAAGACAGCUCACUUCAGCUUACACACCCCAACAAAAUGGGAUAGCAAAGAGGAAGAACAGAAGCAUACUGAACAUGGUUAGGAGCGUGCUGAGUGGAAAGAAAGUUCCAAAGAUCUUCUGGCCAGAAGAAACUAUGUGGUGUGUUCAUGUUCUGGAUCGAAGUCCCGCUGCAGCAGUGGAAGGAAUGACGCUAGAAGAAGCAUGGAGUAGGACUAGACCUCUUGUGUCUAACUUCAAACUGUUCGGGAGGUUAGCGCACACACACAUACCUAAAGAGAAGCGAAAGAAUCUAGAUGACAAGAGCAUCAAAUGUGUGGUUUUGGAUUGAAUAAAGAAUCUAAAGCGUACCAGCUAUACGAUCCAAUGAGAGGCAAAAUCAUCAUUAGUAGAGAUGUGGUGUUUGAGGAAGAUGAAGAAUGGGAAUGGAAAAAUGAAUCUGGAGGUGAGUCAAAUAAACUUACAUGGAAUGAGGAAGCUGAUACUGAAGAAGCAAAAGAAACUGAGACAGAACAAGAAAACAAAGGUGGUGACAAUGAAGGAAGCAGUUCGAACAUGGCUGAUCCAACCAGUGGAGAGGGAAGACGCAGAAAGCCUCCUACAUACAAAUAUGGUUAGAUCAGACAUGGACAUACAAAGAUACUAUCCAGUGAAUAGGUUUGUUUGACCAGAACUUGGUAUAGUAGAUAGAUAGUUGACUUGAACAAAAAAAAAAAAAAAAAGA